AUGCAGGGAGAUGGUGUGGAAGACUUCGAGAGGCCCCUGAAUGCUUUGCUUAUCACCUCCAGCUACACUGGGUGCCUGAAGCAGGAGGGACAGCGAGGUAAUACAAGUGCCCUUACGCAUUUGCAGUACAUGAGGGUCACAGCCACUGUCGGGGACUGGUACACACAGGGACACCAGGGGACACUAGGACUCUACAGAGAUGGGGCAGCCCUGCAGCUGUGCAGAGCCUUGCCCCGCCCUGCUGAUUUGCAUGUCCCAGAGCACAGCAGCAGGGACUUCUUCAUAGGCUGUCACACCCUGUGCAGGACUCAGUCCCAGUCAGGACACAGCAUGGACAUGAGGGUCCCCGCUCAGCUCCUGGGGCUCCUGCUGCUCUCGCUGCCAGUGCCAAAUGUGACACCCAAUGACCCAGCCUCCACUCUCCUCAUCUGCAUCGAUCGGAGACGCAGUCACCCUCAGUUGUCGGGUCAAGUCCUCAGCAGUGAGCGCAGGUCACUGCUCAGUCCACAGGAUGUGACGGUGGGCUCUGAGCUUCGUGCUGCUCAGACCCUGCCGUGGGGACGGAUUGAGAGGAGUCAGUCCCAGUCUGGACACAGUGUGGACAUGAGGGUCUCCGCUCCGUUUCUGGGCCACUUGCUGCUCUGGGUCGCAGGUGCCAGAUGUGACAUCCAGUUGACACAGCCUCCAUCCUUAUCUGCAUCUGCAGGAGACAGAGUCACCAUCUUUUGCCAGACCAGUCAGAGUGUUAACAAAUGGUUAAACUGGUAUCAGCAGAAACCAGGGCAAGCUCCUAAACUCCUGAUCUACUAUGCAACCAGUUUGCAAUCUGGGGUCCCAUCCAGGUUCAGCGGCAGUGAGUCUGGGACAGAUUUCACUCUCACCAUCAGCAGCCUGCAGCCUGAAGAUGUUGCAACUUACUACUGUCAACAAGAGUAUAGUUACCCUCGCACAGUGAUACAAGCCAUGCCAUAA